AUGUCGUCCAUUCUAUCUCAAGCCAUGUAUCGACGGGAUUCAGAAGACACUGCGGAGAAACCAUUAGAAAUUGACCAAGAAUCGAAUCCGGACCCAAGCAGAUCGAACAGCCCCAAAAACAUGAAGUUCUACAAGCAACUAGAUGAAGAGAAGACCGUGUUAAACCAGCAAAAGAAAUCCUUUUGCAUCGACGCUUUACUAUCAAAACAUAUCGAGCCCGACCAAACGAUACAGGAAAAAAUGGCUCAACAAAAAUACCUGGCAUUGAUUCAGAACAAAAACUAUAUAACGCGGUACCAAAAUGAAAACUAUGAUACCCAAAUUGAGCAAAAUACUAUUAACAAAUGCCAAAGCAGGCCGUUAAGUCGCAAUUAUGAUAGAGAAAGCCCAAGAUCUGGACAUAGCACGCCGAGGAGUGGGAGUCCAGGGUCUGAUGACAAUAGAUCAGAGAGCUAUAGUCCACCAAUUUCUCCAGGAGUUGAAGGUGGAAAUGAAGAGUACGACAGUUACAGACCUGGUAUCAUACCAAAACCAGGGCUUCUCCAACCACCUAUCCAAGCACCGAUGCUGCACUAUCCACCCCCCGGGAUCUUACCGCAGACGUCAGCAUUCCACCACCCUGGGGAUAGAGUGCUUCAUCAGAUGCAGUUGGAGUGGCUGGCCAGGACUGGGAUGUUCUAUCAUCGCAUACCAGAAUUAGGGGGAGCUCCACACGCACUCCUCGGGAAGACCAGACGCCCACGCACCGCUUUCACUUCGCAGCAGCUUUUGGAGUUAGAAAAGCAGUUCCGCAUGAACAAGUACUUGUCCAGGCCGAAAAGAUUCGAAGUGGCAACCAGUUUGAUGCUCACUGAGACACAGGUCAAAAUAUGGUUCCAAAACCGAAGAAUGAAGUGGAAACGGUCUAAAAAAGCGCAACAAGAUACAAAAAGUAAAGAACCGCACACCAGCGAUGAAAAGAAACCCAAAGAAACGUCCGACCACGAUAAACAACCUACAAUGGCUGCUGAUUUGACAGCUGUCAAACCGCCCCCUAUGUUAGACAGAGACCGAAUCAUUGCGCUAGAGCGAGAAAGAGCUAUGGCGGCCGCCAAUUUUAAUUCCAAUUUGGAAAACAAUAGACGCGGGUUGGUUGUUAUGAACCAAGAUGGCAGACCAGGGAUCGACAUGUUUAGGCCGUAUGUGGUA